UAAACAUGCAUAUUGCACACGUUGGUGUUUGCGGCUUGGAUGUUUUUAGUGAACUGUUAAGAUUUCUCUAUUUCCCUUCUACAGUUCAGCAGCUCCUUUUUGUGUUUGUUGUUAGUUGUGAAAUGUUUAUAGAGCGUACAGGUAUAGAAUGCAAACGUGAUUUGGAGCAUUAUUCAUGCUAUUAAUUUUAGAAUUUCUGUGGAAAUCACUACAAGAUUUGCCUGUAUAAAAUGCAGGCUUGAGUUUUGAAACUUGCUGGCUGGACAGCUUGCACCAAAGUUGUUCAGCAAAUAACGGUAAUGUAGGCGCAAUGGAGUGAGUUAGAAACCUUACUGUUGCCAAAAACAUAAAUAGUUUUUAAUAAAAAUGAUCCUUUUAUCAGCGUUCAUUCCUCUUUUGACAGUAAUUUAUUUUAGGGUCAGAACAGUAAGGGAAGAAGACUUUCAAACUUCUUAAGUAUGAGACUCCCGUUUAGGCUUUCAUUGUGAGCUUGUGAUUAAAUGAUAUUUUUAGAGAUAGCUUCGCUGUGAGAGCCUUAUGUUGGUUAUUGGAAUUGCCUUCUGUUGUCAUAUACAUAAUAUAGUCUGCUGAUUAUAUGCAGUAUGGAUUUUGUUCUCCCUUAGCUGAUGAGAAAGAGAAAUGAAUAGCAAUAGCUCUUUCACACUACAUAAUUAUACAUUCACGUGAGUGUCUCAUACAGAUUGCUGUGUUGAAAUUAUACAGAAAAAUAUAUGUGAAGAAGCUAAUGUGAUUAAGUAACCUCUCUGAGGGGACAGGAGUUUGAGCUGUUCUGUACUCUGCCACCUCUUUGGAAUAGCUAAAAGCAUGAACGGCUUGCUCACUCAAAUUCUGUUCCGUUUGAUAUGGUUGUAUUCAAUGAAAAUGAGUUUUGUGUGACUGAUUUAUUCUUGUACUUUUUUGUUGCAUGUUACAGUUAAUGUUUGCAUGCUGCAAAAUCAGUGUUAAGAAUUUUAUAGGGUACUUUUUGAAAAAAAAGUUCUUGGAUCCUUCUCGCUUUCAGCCUAGCACAUUUUGCAUUGAAUUAGCUAAUAUGUCACUUCUCAGUUUACGCUUAUGUUAUGGAGUUAUGCUAAACAUUGAAUUCAAAAUGCUGAGGUGUAUUUUGAGCAUCCUGAGGUUCAACAGUGUUUCAGAAAAGCCUAGUGUGUUGCUUAACAAUGAACUGCUCAUACUCUUCCCCACCCCCAAAUAUUUGUUACGUUCAUUCUCUUCAGAGCACUCCAAAAAGAUGGUUGGUCGAAUUAUUUGAUUGUAGAUGUCCCUUUUUUAUUUAGUGGAUGUUUUUAACUAAAAUAGAGCAAAAACAUAUAUAAGAUAUUUGUGAUAUUUUUAGGUCUGAAGACUUGCGCCGUGAGUUUGGUCGUUAUGGGCCUAUAGUUGAUGUAUACGUUCCACUUGACUUCUACACUCGUCGUCCCAGAGGAUUUGCUUAUGUUCAAUAUCCUUUCUUCAGAUGGCUGAUUAGUGAGGGGUGUUGAAGUUUGAAAUUCAAGUUUGUGUAAGAGAAUGUAAAGCUGUACAGUAAUGGCGACCCCAAAGAGAAAGCAUGAAAGAACCUUUAGAGUAGAGUUCAACAAUUAAGGCAAGUAGACAAGCCAAAGACCUCUUAAGGAUCAGGCUUGAAGAGAAGGGAGAGUUUGGGAAAAGAAAAAAUAAAGAAAAGCUGGAAGAAGGACAAGCCAUAAUGGGAGACAAAGCUUCGCUUUAUCUACAAAAGGGGGAAAAGGUUGUUUUUCAAAGUAAAAGAUAAAGCCAUCUGUCAUUUUUGGCCAAGCAUCUCAUGACAAGUCCUUCUGACAAGCACUUAAAGAGUUAAAGGUCAAGAUGAAGUUGAAUGGUGGCCAAGAUUAAAGGAGUCAUACCUGAUAUGUCCGCGAUGCAGAAGAUGCUCUCCAUAAUUUGGACCGAAAGUGGAUUUGUGGUCGGCAAAUAGAAAUCCAGUUUGCACAGGGGGAUCGGAAGACACCAAAUCAAAUGAAAGCCAAGGAAGGGAGAAACCUAUACAGUUCUUCUCGUUACGAUGACUAUGACAGAUAUAGGCGGUCUAGAAGUCGGAGUUACGAAAGGAGGCGGUCUAGAAGUCGUUCUUUUGAUUACAGCUAUAGAAGAUCGUAUAGUCCUAGAAACAGUAGACCUACUGGAAGACCUCGUCGUAGCAGAAGCCAUUCGGACAAUGAUAGGUUCAAACACCGCAAUCGAUCUUUUUCAAGAUCUAAGUCCAAUUCAAGAUCACGAUCCAAGUCACAGCCCAAGAAAGAAAUGAAGGCUAAAUCACGGUCUAGGUCUGCAUCUCACACCAAAUCUAGAGGCACCUCUAAAACAGAUUCUAAAACACACUAUAAGUCCAGCUCAAGAUAUGAAAAGGAGUCGAGAAAAAAAGAACCAGCUAGAUCCAAAUCACAGUCAAGAUCACAUUCUAGAUCUAGGUCAAAAUCCAGAUCGAGGUCAUGGACUAGUCCCAAGUCCAGUGGCCACUAACAGUGUAUCCAUGUUGUUUUUAGGCAUGUAACAUUCAUUUACACACAGUUCAGUUUACUUAAAUUAUCAGGAAUAUGAUGUUGCAACAGUGCUAACAAAAAAACUUUUCUUUGUCAGUUUUCCCUGUAGCAGACAAUGGUUAUAAUUAAAACAAUGUUGAGAAGCCACUGAGAGAGAGAGAGAGAGAAUGUCCACUUGGUUAAAUGUCAUGGGCAGCUACUGAUUUGAUUGUGGUGUCUCUAUGUAUAUUUUUGUAAAGACUUGCAUUUUUAAUGCUUAAAUAUUGGUGAUGACUUGAUUGAUCGUAAUUUGCAACAUUGUCCUAUUAAAAAAUGUCAUACCUGCAGAGAAAUUGGUUCCAGUUUGUGCUGAACAGUUAAACCAACUGUUUAACUUGUUCUUGAAUACUAAACUUUGUGAUAAAAUGGAAAACUGGACAGCUGUAGUGCAACACUGACUGCUGUGAAAUGCAGACUGGCAAUUAUAUGUUUCCAUUGUUCAAAGGCAGGUUUCUGUGUUCUCCAUGCCCACCGACACAAGUAGGUUGGUAAAUGGAGCUCUGUGGAGAGAGAGUGUUGAAAUUUCUCUUUAACCCUGCCAUCUGGAGAGAUGGUACUAACAUUGCGUAUACUACAUGGGGAGAGAGUUAGUCCUGGAAGCGUGUUCAGAGAUUGUGCAGUGUCGUGACUUGUCAGGAUAGAGGCUUCACUGCUUUUUACCUGGCUGCUAAUAUGAAAUGUGUGAGAGGGGGGAAAAGCCCUUAAAAUGGAAAAUUAAGUUCAGAUUUCAGCAAAUGACAGAGCAACUACAUAUUAGGUUGUGUGUACAUUUUAUGCAGUUUUUGUAUCUAUUCUAAAUUUUAGUGAGCAGUUAACCAUAAAAUUGCUUAGUUUUCCUGCUGUUAGAUACAAGUAGAUUGUUUCGAGUUGUGUGUGUACAGUAUAUAAGAACUAAACUUUUAUGCCAAUGACUCCUGUGGUUAGUUGGUGUAUUCAUAGGUAUAAAACUGUAGCCAUCUCUCUUCUUGAGUAACAAAGGCUUGCUUUUACACAUCAAAAAGUGCUUAGUCAAGCAAGUCUGAAUCAUUUCUUCCUCAGAAUGGAUAGUGGUUUGGUACAAGACUUCGUUUUACUUAAGAACAAAUGUUUCAAGUUGGAUAUGAACAAGAGCUGCAUCUCUAGCUAUUUAGUUUAUCACUAAUACAGUAUAUUUAGUAAAUUGAAUGUGAAAAAUGACAAAACCAGUGUGUAAUCUUACCAGUAUUUCUCUAGAAGGCAAGAUAUUUUGUUAUGAAAAUGGCUUUUGGCAUCGUUUUUUCUAUUUACCUUCAAAAGCCAGCCUCACACACCUAGUGUUCCUUGCUGUCUAUAUAGUAGCAUAUAAAGACAUUGGUUUAAAGAAAUUCCUUUUUAGAGAAAUGUUUUAGGUUUUGAUUUUAGUGUUUUCAGCAGGGCCUUUGAAGAAAUGCGGAUGGAUUUUAAACAUUGGCAGUGGAACGUGCUUAGGGGGUUGAUCCUAGAACCUUUGUAUAUUUGAUAGUAUUUCUAACUUUUUCUUUACUGUUUGCAGUUAAUGUUCAUGUUCUGCUAUGCAAUCAUUUAUAUGCACGUUCCUUUAAUUUUGUAGACUUUUCUGGAUGUAUAGUUUAAAAACAACAAAAAGUCUAUUUAAAACUGUAGCAGUAGCGUGCAGCUCUAGCAGAGGAAAGUUGUGGGAUUAAACUUUGUAUUUCCUUUCUUAUAGAGGCUUCUAAAAAGGUAUUUUUAUAUGUUCUUUUUAACAAAUAUUGUGUACUACCUUUAAAACAUCAAUGUUUUGAUCAAAAUAACUAAAGACCCAGCUUAUUUUCUGCUUGCUGUAAAUUUAGCAAACAUGCUAUAAUAAAAAAAAUGAAGGAAAUACUGAUCCACUGGAAUUAUUGUAGCUUUAGAAUUUGACUCCAGAGCAUUGUUAGGAAUAGUUAUGCAUCCCUUAUGGAGUAAAAUCCUUACUAUGGUAUUUCAGUAAAGUCAGGAAUUUGUUUAUUGUUUGAUGUCUGAGUAAAUAUCACGUCACAUUUUUAAAAGGAGUACUAGACAAAAUAAGGCUGAGCAAAAGUUUUUGUCUUAAUAUAUUAAGAAAUGUAUUGAAAUUUCUUUUCCAUUGACCGUCAUUAUUGCUGGAUGGACUUCCCUAUGGGUAUAACUUAGAUAUUACUAGCUGGGUUACGAAUUGCUAUAAUCGGCAAUUAAAGAUUCAUAUAGAAGCUAAUUUCUAGGUGAUAGCUCAUCAUUUUACAUUUGCCUUAUCAAAAACCGCACCAGCCGUGGUUCUCUAGCAGGUUGUAAACAUGUUUUGGUGUGUAGAGUUUGAGCGGCCUCCUGGCACUAGUGGUACAUAUAACUUCUUCUUUUUAUGCCACUGAAUGAAAAUUCUGAGGGACACUUAAAUGCUUCGAUAAAUCCAAUCUUAUACUGUUUACGUUGAACUAUGAUUAUCUGGUAGUUGAUUUCCAUAAAAAUGGUUUGUAACAGCAAAAAAAAAAAAAAAGAAAAGCCCUUUUUCAGAAUCUUUAAACAAUACAGCAUUCGAAACUCAAAUCCUGCUUAAAAGUGGUCCACCUGACUGUCUCUUGGGAUAAUGUGGUUACAGAAGCUGGCAUGUUUUGGUCAGCAACCUGCAAAGGAUUGCUGUGCUUAAGUUCACGUGUCAGUCCAGCCAGAAUUGCAGCUGGUUUGGUGGGGAGGAGGGAAGAGGACAAUUGUGUCCAGGCUGAGAUUCUAACUUUUGACUGCCGAGUAAUAGUAACAUACCUUAACUAUUUUGUCAGCAUGUCCUUAUAUUGUGUGCCUCAAAAUUUAUGCAUAGCACAGUUUACAUUUUUCUGUUUUGAAAAUCCAAUUCGUUGCAAGUAUAAUGUAGUAUCUGACAGUUCUGAUGGUUCUUUCUUUCUCUCCCAGAGGUAGGACUAAACUUUGACUUGACUUGUGUAUAUGAACAAGCCAGAAAAGCCGAACACAAACCCACGAUGUUUCAAGAGUGCAUGAAUAAAGAUGUUGUCCUAGUUCUUGCUCCCAUGGAAAAAUUGUGAAGAAGCUGUUCUGUGGGCCUUUCAGUUGGGGACGAGUUAGCAGGAUGUGGCCAAAAGGGCAGGGAAUGUUUAUGCAUUCAUGCAAGUCAAGCCACAGCCCAUCUAGAUAACAUCUCCCUUCCUUGAUGCAGGUAUCCUAUUCCUGCUCUAAAAAAGCAGUAGCCUGUCUUGUGCAAGCUACCUGCAGGUUAUGCACAGCUGGAAUGCAAGAACAUAUGCAGGCUACAAAAGAUCAUGUAUAGGCACCUUUCUUUUGGAGUCUCAAGAAUGGUGGGAAUUACGUUUUUUCUGUGGUAAACUAGAUUUUGUCAUUCCUGCAAAUUUCUGUAGAAUUGAAGUAGUGUGUUUAAACUCUGCUGAAACUAAUGGCUGUGCUCCAAAAUAUCUGCAGCAUAUUGAUUUAUCUCAGCAGUAACAGAAGGCUCUAUUGGAACUUCUUUUUCACCAAAAGUCCAUGCACCCAACUGAUAAUUUUAAUUAAAAAUCUUUAAAUUUAGUGUUUAAGUAGCUGGGUGUUUAAAUUGGGGACUAUGAUAGACUGGUCUCUGAAAGCUAAAUGUUAUCCUUUCUAUGUCUUUUAAAGAUGUUUAAAUGUACACUAUAAUGGCUUUAUUCAAAGUGGAAGUUCUCAAUUUAAAUGUUAUUUUGACCUCUGCUCUUAGAAAGAGCUUUUUCUUUUUCUCUAAAUGUUUAGUCUGGGGUAACAGCUUGAAAAAUGUUCAGAGAAGGGCAAUUGGAUUGAAAUACAUUGCAGCACUGCUACAUGAUUUUUGGCAGGGAUGUUGCAGAUAACAUUUUGAAGUACAAAGGAAUAGAUUUACACAUUUUUAGGCCAUAAUCACCCAUUAGCAAUUGCUGGUUUUCUCCAUUUAUCUUGUAACUUGCUUAAAAAGUCUGUAGUCCAUUGCUAUAUUUGUCUAAAGAUGCUCUUACUGAUGAGACUAUUAUAGGAAGGGAAGACUAUGUACCCUGUAGUGUGUUUGAUCAAAAGAUGCUAAUGUUUUAUUCAUACACAUCCUUUCUUCUUGAGUUUUGUGUUCCAUCUGUGCAAAUAACCCUGUGAAUUGGGAAUAAAAUGUACAAGUUUUGACUAUAA